AUGAAUUCUUCCAACGAAUGGAGCAAAAAUGCAUAUGAAAAGGAGGUACCUGGGCUUCCGCCCGCGUUGGCGGAUGACAUAGAGGGCGCUGGUGCGGCGAAGAAGGACAGCGCGUGGAGAAAGAAAAGGCAGUUGAACCCGCUGCGAUGGCAAAAAGUACCUCCGGUGCCAGAGAACUCGAGUGUGAGCAGGGAGGCAGCUGCCGGCUUCUUCAGUAAGCUUACCUUAAGCUGGAUUGGGCCGUUGAUGAAGGUUGGAUAUCUACGACCUCUUGAGCCUACGGACAUCCCACAUGUUGCGCCGGAUAGAUCAUCAGCAAUACUUACAGAGAAACUUACGGCCUCAUUCAACAGACGACGGGAGAGAGGUGACAAAUACCCUCUCCUCUGGUCCCUCAAUGAUGUCUUCAGGCGAGAGUUUUGGUUUGCCGGAGUUUGUAGGUUGAUGGCAGAUAUCAUCUUAGUUCUUUCACCGUUUGUCCUAAAAUAUCUCAUUCGUUUUGCCGUCGACGCCUACGUCGCUAAAGAAAAGGGAACAGCUGGGCCCCACAUCGGAAAAGGUGUCGGCCUCGCUUUCGGUAUCGCGAUUAUGCAAUUUGUUGCCUCACUUUCCGUGAACCAGUUCAUGUAUCACAGUAUGAUGGUGGGCGGUCAAGCUCGUGCAGGAAUAAUUGCGAUAGUCUAUGCAAAGUCUCUCAGGAUCUCUGGCCGAGCUCGUGCUGGUGGCAUUGACCCGAGCAAGCCAGUCGUAACCCCGACUGCAAAGGAGCUCAAGGCAAUGAAGAAGGAGAAGACCCGUGAUGAUGAGAUUGGUUGGUCUAAUGGAAAGGUCAUGAAUUUGAUGAGUACGGAUACAUACAGAGUCGAUCAAUGCGCUGCUUGGUUUCACGUUAUGUGGACUUCACCUAUCCAAAUUAUUAUCACGCUCGUUCUUCUUAUCAUCAAUUUGUCAUAUUCAGCACUUGCCGGGUUUGCCCUUCUCUGCUGCGGGGUUCCCAUCCUCUCCAUGGUUGUCAGGACCCUCGCCAAGCGGCGCCGCAAAAUGACAAAGAUCACUGAUAAACGAGUAGCCCUAACGCAGGAAAUUCUAAUGGGUGUUCGUUUCGUCAAGUACUUUGGCUGGGAGAAAUCAUUCCUAUCACGACUUGAAGAGCUUCGUCGUCGUGAAAUCAACGCAAUUCAAUUUUUACUUGGUAUUCGAAGUGGUGUUACAGCUGUAGGGUUAUCGCUACCUAUUUUUGCCAGUAUGUUGGCGUUCAUCACCUAUUCGCUCACCGACAACUCGCUUGAUCCUGCUUCUAUCUUCUCUUCGUUGGCACUUUUCAACGGGCUGAGAAUGCCGUUGAAUUUGCUACCAAUGAUUAUUGCCCAGGCCAUCGAUGCAUGGGUUUCGUUGCAGCGACUGCAAGAAUACCUCCUCGCCGAGGAGAUCAAAGAUGAAGCGGAGAUCGACGACAACUCGACCCACGCAAUUGAGAUCUCGGGCGGUGACUUCACAUGGGAGAAAUCCAUGAACGAGAUGGAGAAAUUUCAAGGCGAGAGAACAAAAGCCCAACGGAGAACAGAUCGGAAACAACGGAAACAAGAUAAAAAGGAAGAAGCUGCAAAAGACAAGGAGCGUGAAGCGCACCCAGAAACAGCGUCGUUGUCUAGUGCUGGCACCUUGGAACCGUUUAAACUCAAAAAUGUUGAUCUCCAGGUUGGCCGUAAUGAACUUGUGGCUAUUGUCGGGGGUGUUGGAAGUGGGAAGACAUCAUUGCUUGCCGCCCUCGCAGGAGAUAUGAGGAAGACCAGUGGAGUCAUCAGGCGCGGAGCAACAGUUGCAUACUGUCCGCAAUACGCCUGGAUUCAAAACGCCUCUGUCAAAGAUAAUAUCCUCUUCGGCCGCGAUUUCGACGAGGCCUGGUAUCAACAAGUUGUUGAGGCAUGCGCGUUGCAGCAGGAUCUCGACAUGCUGCCCAAUGGCGACGCUACGGAAAUCGGAGAACGUGGAAUUACGGUGUCUGGCGGGCAGAAACAACGGUUGAACAUUGCAAGAGCCAUUUACUUCAAUGCUGAUAUCGUGCUGCUUGAUGAUCCAUUGUCGGCGGUUGAUGCGCAUGUCGGAAAGCAUCUCUUCGACAAGGCAAUUUGCGGGCUCCUCAACAACAAAUGUAGGAUUUUGGCGACACAUCAGUUGCAUGUUAUCAAUAAGGUUGACAGGAUUAUCUGGAUGGAAGAAGGCGAGAUUCAAGCUGUUGGUACAUACGAUAAGCUUAUGGAGACGAAUCCGGCGUUUGCGAAGAUGAUGGGCGAGAUCGCGACAGAGAACCAAGUGGAGAAAGCCGCGAACGAAGAAAACGAAGAGGAGGAAGAGAUCGAAGAAGUGGACGAGAAAGAAAAGAAGACCCCCCAACAACCGAAAGCAUUGAUGCAGGCCGAGGAGCGUAAUGUUAGUAGUGUUCCGUGGAAGGUCUACGAGGCAUAUAUCAAAGCCUCCGGAAGUAUUCUUGUCGCCCCGCUUGUUAUCUUUCUUCUCUGCCUUUCGCAAGCAACAAAUAUCAUGACUACGAUGUGGCUUGGAUACUGGACAAGCGGUAAAUACGGCCUGUCGAGAGGAACCUAUAUUGGUGUAUUUGCGGGAUUGGGAGUCGCUCAGAGUUUUCUCGUGUUUUUGUUUUCGUUUUCUUUGACGAUUGCCGGCACGAAGAGUAGCAGAGUCCUUAUGCACCUUGCGAUGAGGCAGACACUACGAGCCCCAAUGUCAUUUUUCGACACGACUCCUAUCGGUAGAAUCGUGAACCGGUUUUCAAAGGAUGUCGACGUUAUGGACAACAAUCUUACAGACGCCAUUCGGAUGUAUUUCUUUACCAUCUCUAUAAUUUCGUCCGUCUUCGUUCUUAUCAUUGUCUACUUCCAUUACUUCGUAAUCGCCCUUGUUCCCCUCGCCAUGUUCUUCCUAUUCGCCUCUUCCUACUACCGCGCCUCUGCGCGUGAAGUAAAGCGCCAUGAAUCUGUGCUCCGCUCCGUUGUUUACGCCAAAUUCGGCGAAGCCCUCUCGGGAACCGCCAGCAUUCGCGCGUACGGCCUCCAAGAGCGUUUCAAGGACGAAAUCGACAAGGCUAUCGAUGGUAUGAACUCCGCAUAUUUCGUUACCUUCGCCAAUCAGCGUUGGUUAUCCCUUCGUCUUGAUGUGGUUGGUAACCUGCUCGUCUUUACAACAAGUAUUCUCGUUGUAACAUCCCGAUUCGAUGUCAACCCUAGUAUCUCUGGGGUGGUACUGUCAUACAUUCUCCAACUCGUUAUGAUGUUCCAAUACAUGAUUCGCCAGCUCGCAGAGGUUGAAAACGCCAUGAACGCUACUGAGCGCAUUCAUCAUUAUGGGAACUACCUCCCGUCAGAAGCCGAGCUGCACAAAGGUGCAAUCCGCCCUGCAUGGCCCGAGCAUGGAGAGAUCGAAAUGAGAGAUGUGAAGAUGCGGUACAGAGAUGGACUGCCACUCGUCCUCAAGGGCUUCGACAUGCACGUCAGGGGAGGUGAAAGAAUUGGUAUCGUUGGCCGAACUGGUGCGGGGAAGAGCUCAAUCAUGAGUGCAUUGUUCCGCCUGGUAGAGCUCAGCGAGGGAAGCAUCAUGAUUGACGGUGUCGAUAUCUCCAAAAUUGGACUCCAUGACCUCCGCAGCAAGUUGGCGAUUAUCCCGCAGGACCCCACGCUUUUCCGCGGGACCGUUAGGAGUAAUUUAGAUCCGUUUGGCGAACGCACAGAUGAAGAGCUCUGGAGUGCGCUCCGACAGUCCAAUCUGGUUGAAGAAUUAGCCGACGGUACCAGCGGUGGUAGAAUCACAUUAGACGGGGUUGUGGAGGAGGAGGGAAUGAAUUUCUCUUUGGGCCAGAGGCAGCUGAUGGCGCUAGCAAGGGCACUGGUGAGGGGCAGCAGGAUCAUCGUGUGCGACGAGGCCACAAGUAGUGUGGAUAUUGAGACAGAUAGGAAAAUCCAGAAAACGAUUGUGGAAGGAUUUGCGGGGAGGACUUUAUUGUGCAUCGCGCAUAGGCUGAGAACCAUCAUCAAAUACGAUAGAGUCUGUGUGAUGGAUGACGGGCGUAUUACUGAAAUGGACACCCCAUUGGCAUUAUUUGAGAAGGAAGGUGGCAUAUUUAGGGGCAUGUGUGAUAGGAGUAAGAUUAGGAGGGAGGAUUUCUUUGCGGUCGAUGAGUAA